CCAAUACAUAAUUGCAAAAUCCAGAAGUCAUAUAUUUGUUUGUAUACGACCGAAUCGGGUGGUAAAACCACUGUAAAAUAAGAUGUUGAUGAAGACCAAUCAAGUAUAUGCGGUUUUAUUUGUGUUAUGUUUAAGUGUAGUGAUUUCUAAUGCAUUCCCGAAAAAUUUUGCUUGGAAUGGAGGGCCUUCGCGACUAAAAUGCGAGCAUGGGUCGACAUUUUGGAUGAACAACGAACCACAUUUGAAAGACAAUGUUAUUGCUAUAAAAGCCUUAAUGUAUAUGGAUGAUAUAUACCUUUUAACACCCAGAAUGAAGCAUGGAGUACUAUCAACUGUUUGGUUAAUCCUUCGAGAACAAAGAGUAGAGCUUGAACCGUACCCAGAUUUACGGUCACAUAACAUCGGUGACUGCAGCGCAAUACAAAACGCGGUAGAUUUCUACUUGGAUAAUCUCGGAAACUUAUGGGUUCUGGACACAGGGAUUAUUGAUACACUGGAAAGCCCGCGAUGCACCUGUCCGCCCAAAGUUACUGUUAUUAGCAUUCUUUUGGGAAAAAUAACAAAACGCAUCGACAUUUCUGUUCUGGCAGAACCGAACUCGUUGCUGCAAAAUAUUGUCGUUGAGUAUGGACAUGUAGGAAAAAUCUUCAUAUACAUAUCGGAUGCAUCACGUGGAGCGGUGUUAGUUUACGAAGUUUCCUCGGAGACAGGUUGGGCAGUAAUAGCAUGCGCUCCUUCUGUUGGACUUCAAAUUGCAAUGAUUAAACGUGCUCCGGCGCACAAUAUUCUUAUAAUUGUCAUUCUUCAUCAACAAGGGCUCUUUGAGCUAGACACUUCAGCGCUACGAAGGAGAAAUUCCAUCUCUCCGAUUCGAGUAUAUGGCGACCACACAAAGGCCGUGCUCCUGCUAGGAUCAGAUGCCCACCACAUUUACCUGCGUCAUGUCGAAUGUUCGGACGUGUUGUCUUGGGACACGAGGCACGCGUACAAUUCUUCCCGUUUGGCAAAUAUACAUUCAGCCGGACCAAGACUAACACCGACAUCCGUCGCUGCACAUCCUCUGAGACCAAUACUUUUAGUAUUAGAUUCAAAUUAUGCAGACACCGUCAAUGGGCACCUACCCACCUAUCAUAAAAUAUCUUUUAUAGAACAAUAGAAUUAUUGUCCUAAUUUUUAAAUAUAAGUGUGCGACUUGUAUUU